GAACUAAUACAAGUCGAACAAGUUCUAGAUAGAAGAUUUAAAUACGCAGAUAAUGUUUUCAACCAGCAAAUAGACAUUAUAACACAAGAAGUCAUUUCAACACAACCCUGACUCUCCUCCAUUGCUGUAUGUUCGCUCAUUAACUACAUGCAAGCUGUCAACCGCGGGCGGUGUAUUUUAUAUUAUUGCUAUUCCCAAUUGCAUUUGUAAAUUAAAGUUUCGCGGCAAAGUGGAAAUGUAAAUAAUCGUUAGAAAACAGUUGUGUCAAUUUUACUAUUUCAAAGGCUUAGGAAUGAUAAUGAAAAUGAGAGGACGCCCACAGCAUGAUUUUUGGGAAAAAGGUCAUUUCGAGCUUAUCAAGACUGAGAAUUCCCGAAUUCUGGCUCGUUGCUUGAUUUGUAGUCGCGUUCUUAAGAAUACAGCUCGAUCACGACUGAUAAUCCAUAGAAAAGCCUGUCCAGGAGCUGAUAUCAAAAUUGAUGAGAGCAAUUUAGAAAUAUCUAAAGAUGAAUCACACAUUGAACCAGAAGGAGAUGUGGAAAUGGAAAGCAUUUCCAACAUAGUUAACGGAGAAAAUGAAGUAAUCAGGACUGCAGACCAGAGUGAUGAGGGCGAAGAGUAUGAAUCAAUUCAGGUAUUCUUGGAUAAUAAUUCGGAUGAAAUCUGCAUAUCUCCGGAAUUCCAAGCCGAAAAACCGGGAAGUAGCACUCCGUCCAAUAGUCAGUCUCCUGCUCAUGAAACGAAAAAGAUAAAAUUGGUACGAGUUUCUUCGGCGGCCUCUGCGAGCACUUGCAAUUUAGAGGAUAUUCAUUUGGCAUUCACUGAGCUUUUUAUUUCAUCUAAUAUUCCAUUCAAAACAUUGAAUUCGGUUUAUCUGAAACGGUUUCUAGCGAAGCUCAAUAGAAAUUACAAACCACCAACCCUAAAAGAACUAACAACCACAUAUUUGGAUAAAAUCCAUGAAAAAUUCAAUGCCCGAGUGCCUUGCGAGGAACAGGAUGCUGUUCUACUACUAAGUGGCUGGAAAGAUUUCAGUGAUACGUCAAAAUGCCUUGUGGCUUGCUUAUAUUUGAAAGCCCAGAAUGAGUCACAGGACACGCGCGUAUUUUUAAAUACUUGGGACUUGGAUGUAGAUUUUAUUGGCGACGAUAGCGACAUUCAAACAAAAGUUAUUCAAGAAUCGUAUAAACUCGCCAAGGAGUUUUACAAUGCAAAUAUAUUUGCAGUCAUAUCGGACAACUUACAGUUAGAAAUCGGAUCAGUAGAGAUUCCACUAUGGCAUUCUGUAUGUCACAGCUACUUAGCAGGGUGUUUAGCUGAAGAUAUAAUAGAUCAAGACGAUGUAAAGUUCGUUAAGCAGAUUUUACAAGAAGUUAAAAACAAAGAUAUCGAAUUGAAAAUUCUUGAAGCUGGCGGAAGUCGAAUACUACUACCAUCUGAAAAGCGGUACUGCACCUACCGCGACUCCUUCCGAUGUUUCAUUACAAAUAAUCCUAUUGUACAGGACUUCCUUGAGAGGGAAAAUAUUGAUAUUCAUUAUACUAUUCGUUCUGCCAUUUGCAACGAAUCGUUUUUGAAAAAAAUCGAGACUUAUUUAAACGUCAUUGAACCUUUAUGUGAGCUGAUCUAUUUAUCUCAAAAAAGGAACACUACGCUAGCAGAAAUCGCAGAAAAAUGGAUGGAACUUUCUUUUCCAUCCGAAUUUCAGGAACACCUGGAAAAGAGAAGAGCUCAAGCUCUCACGCCUGUCGCCAUGUCUGCGAAUUUUAUGCAUCCAAGUUAUCGUGGACGGAAAUUUAAUAGCGAACAAAUGAAAAUGGUUGAAUACUUCCUGCUUGAAGCGUUAGAUUCACCGGGGCUGGAUCAGUUACUUCUGUUCAAGAGAAAUGAAGACGUGUUCAAGAUUUUGGCAGUGAAAAAAGUUAUUUCGUAUGACACAUUUUGGUCAAUGGCUGAACGUAUGUGUCCAGAAUUAGCGACAUUCGCUAAACGUUUGCUGUGCAUUCCAGCAUCGGUUUCAUAUGUUGAUAAGAUUUUUUCGAAUUGGUCUGGCGCACAUUCGUCCGCAAGGAAUUUGCUAGGAAUGGAUUUGUAUAGGAAGCUUACAAAGGCGCAUUUUGAGUUGAAUUUGGCUGAUAAUUCGAGUAGUUAGGAUUUUGGAUUAAGACAAUUUUUAUGCACUAGCAUAGUUAAGUGAAGUUUUAUAAUAAAAGAUAAAAUACACAAUCGCAAAAGAG